AUGCCGACCCUCGCAUUGAUCAACUUCAACAUAGUCUGCGCGACACUUGGAGGCUUCGUCUCUCUUUUCGGACUUGUCUCUUAUCUUUGCAAGGAGCAAUUCUAUCUCUCUGAAGCACUGAUUUCACUGCUUGCCGGCGUGGCAUUCUCGCCUCAUGCAGCCAAUUUCAUAAGACCCGCAGACUACGCGCUGCACUCGCAGGAAAACCUCGAUGCAAUCACCCUGCACUUCACACGUCUGGUACUCGGCGUGCAGCUGGUCCUGGCCGGAGUGCAAUUGCCAAAGCGGUACCUGCAGAUCGAAUGGCGGAGUUUAUCGCUGCUUCUGGGUCCUGGAAUGAUUGCAAUGUGGCUAUGCAGUAGUCUCGUUAUAUGGGCUAUGAUUCCAAACUUCGAGUUCCUGCAUGCUCUGAUCGUGGCUGCUUGCGUGACACCCACAGAUCCUGUUUUAUCCAAUUCGAUUGUCAAAGGCAAAUUCGCCGACAAGCAUGUCCCCCGCCCACUGCAGCGAAUUAUCGUCGCCGAGUCCGGUGCUAAUGAUGGUCUUGGGUAUCCGUUCCUUUUCUUUGGCAUUUACUUGCUAAAGUAUCUUGGUAUGAACGGGGCGGGAUAUACUGGCGGUGGAGGGAAGGCUAUGGGUUUAUGGUUCUAUGAAACUUGGGUCUAUACCAUUUUGCUCAGUGUUGUUUAUGGCACUGUUACUGGCUGGUUGGCUAGAAAACUACUUCACUGGGCGGAAGAAAAGCAUUACGUGGACCGGGAGAGCUUUCUGGUUUUCGCAAUUGCGCUCGCACUAUUUGUUGUGGGAACUUGCGGUCUUAUCGGAACCGAUGAUCUUCUCGCAUGUUUUAUUGCCGGAAAUGUCUUCACGCAAGAUGAUUGGUUUCGCCUUGAAACCAUGGAUGACUCUCUCCAACCUACCAUCGACAUGCUGCUCAACUUAGCUGUCUUCAUGUGGUUUGGCGCUGUUUGCCCCUGGCCAUCCUUCUUAAACAACGACAUCAUCCCCUUGUACCGCCUCGUCUUCCUGGGAAUCCUCAUUCUCAUCGUUCGCCGAUUGCCAAUUGUCCUCGCCAUGCACAAAUACAUCCACCAGAUCGAGCACAUCUCCCAGGCAUGUUUUGUCGGAUUCUUCGGUCCUAUCGGCGUCGGCGCGAUCUUUUACCUUUCAAUCAGCAGAGAGUUCCUCCUCGACAUAAAAGUCGACGGCAAAACCCGAGAGGAUGCCCAAAGAGUCGCCGACGCCGUGAACAUCGUGGUAUGGUUCUUGGUGAUUUGCAGCAUUAUCGUACACGGUCUAUCCGUCCCCAUCGGAAAAGCCGGCUACAACCUCCCCCGAACAAUUUCAAGCGCCAUAAGCACAAGCAUCGACGAGCCCGAACCAGUGCCUAUUUCCAACUCACGUACCACACAUAGCACUGCCAUCCCGCUGUCCGAUGAUAGCUUCCGAUCUCGCAAGCGUGGUGUCCGUUCAUCGACACCGAACCCGCCCAUUUUCCGCAUUGGCCGCUCGGUCAUUCAUCCGCCCGCAAACGAGCAACAGCCCGGCGCGGGACAGACGGAUGAACCAGAACGACCUGUUCACCUUGUUAUUCAUGACUCUCCGGCUCUUUCGAGUGAGGGUGUAGAGGCUUCUGAGGCCCAUGUUGUUUGA